CGGGUCCCCCGUGGCCGCCAUGGGCGCGCGCGGCUCCCACGCCGCUGUCAUUCCCGACGUGGACAGCAUCCGGCGGGAGACCGGCUUUUCACAGGCCAGUCUGCUCCGCCUGUACCACCGGUUCCGUGCCCUGGACAGGAACAAAAAGGGGUACCUGAGUCGCAUGGACUUGCAGCAGAUUGGGGCGCUGGCGGUGAACCCCCUGGGAGACCGCAUUAUCGACAGCUUCUUUCCGGAUGGGAGUCAGCGAUUGGAUUUUGCUGGCUUCGUCAGGAUCUUGGCUCAUUUUCGACCUGUGGAUGAGGAGGAUCCAGGAAUGCGGGACCCCAAGCAACCGGAACCCCUCAACAGCAGAAUGAACAAACUUCGCUUUGCAUUUCAGCUCUACGACUUGGACCGAGAUGGGAAGAUCUCCAAGCACGAGAUGUUGCAGGUGCUCCGGCUGAUGGUCGGGGUGCAGGUGACAGAGGAGCAGUUAGAGAGCAUCGCGGAGCGCACGGUGCAGGAAGCUGAUGAAGACGGGGAUGGAGCUGUGUCCUUCCUGGAAUUCGCCAAGUCCCUAGAAAAGAUGAACAUCGAGCAAAAAAUGAGCAUCCGGGUCCUCAAGUGACCCCAGGCUGCCUUUGGUGGACCUGUGCAGCCCAGCAUCUGCUUGGGAUUCAUUCUCAACCCCAAUAAACUAGAUUUCUUUUGCUUAAACUGGAUAUUCUGUUGCAGUGCGAGGAGAAAAGGCUGGCAGGGCGUGUGCAAGAGGUUAGCUCACUUGACCUCAGACCUGGGACUGGGCCAGCAGUCUCUUAGUUGCAAGUGACUGAGCCUCCGAUUCAAAGUGCCUUGAGUGAUGAAACAUUGUCACUAAAAAAAUCUGGAAACUUCUGUCUUUAGGCACAGCUGGAUCCAAGAGCAUAAACAAUGUCACAAGGAUUGAGUUUUCUCUGCUCCAUCUCAGCUUAACUUUCCCCACAGGCCACUCCAGACUUCUAUCUGCUGCUCUAGCACCCUGGCAGGAAGAGACUUUUUUAUUCCAAUCAUUUCAAGCAAAAAUGUCAUUGUUCCAAGGCGGGGGAUGGGGUGGGGUGGUGGUCUUGUGCCUAUCUGCAAGGGAAUGGGGCCUCUCUGUCCAGCCUUGUAUCCUGGAGCCAGGAUGUAAGGCCUGGGGAUGUGGGAGGAGACGAAAAGAGAUUGUUUCAAGAACAUUGAAACAUUGAGGUACUCUGUGCGUGUUGUUUUUGCUCAAGCAAAGCAAAAGUGUCUUUUCCUGAUAUUGACUAGAAGGGGGAAGAGGCUGUUGAACUCUGGUUUUCUUAAAUGCUUUUCACCAAUUCUCUGGGUACAUACUAAUGGAGGAUGCGAAGAGCUGAUGUAAACAUGAUGAUACCUACAUUGUUAGAGUGUGAGGUGAUUCCAAGAUUGGGAGAAGCAGGCUCUUACACUCAUGGGAUGAUGCUUCAAGAGUGGUGUAUCACAAGGUGGAGUGAAGAAUUCACAUGAAGCUGUGAGGUUCUGUUCCAGAAGAACCUUCUGAUUACACUUGCAGGAGACCAGCAGUGUCCUGCCCAGCCCUCCUUCCAGGACAACCCGGUGUUGCUUUGUCUCAACACAUGAGAUCCAAUUGCACACCUGUCUCCUCUGUGUCUCUCCUCUCUGUAAAUCUGCCUUUCAAAUAAAAAGAAAUCUUUAAA